AUGUCAGCACAGAAUGCUGUCGGCUCAGGAAACAAUUCAGAACCCGAGUCGAAUCUGAACCUUACCCCUGAUCGGUCCGAAACUACACACGGGCUCCUUCACGAAAUCCGUUGUUAUCCCAAGAUUGUGGCCUACUCAUUCGGCCUCGCACUAAACUUUCUUCUUACUGGAUACGAUACCGUUAUCCUCGGCACGAUCACCGCCGUCCCAUACUUCAAACGUGAAUUCGGCCAGCUCUACGACGAAGCAUACAUCAUCCCGGCAGCAUGGCUAUCAGUAUGGAGUGCAAUGGCACCUAUAGGGUCAAUGUUGGGUGCAGCCGCAGCUGGAUGGCUCCAGGAUCGCCUCGGUCGUCGCAUGUCACUGGCCCUGAGCUCUGUGAUAUGCGCAAUCGGAAUCGCCAUUGCAUUCUGCUCGAAUCUCCCGGAUGACAUGGGGUCUCAGGAGAGGUGCAUUCCUGGAUGGGGAGUUGGAGGCGCGAUGGCCGGAGCCCAGACAUAUCUCUCAGAGUCGGUUCCCACCAGUCUGAGAGGAUCUGCAAUGGCCCUUUCGCCGACUUUCAUGCUUCUAGGGGAGCUCAUCGGGGCGGCCGUUAUUUUCGCUUGUGAAAAGAAAGACUCUGCAGCCGCGUAUCUGAUUCCCUUUGGUACCCAGUGGAUAUUUACCGUUCUGCCUUUCGCCUUAGCAAUCAUUAUGCCCGAAAGUCCUUCUUUCCUCAUUCGAACGGGCGACUACGACAAGGCAUACCAGGCGAUGAAGUCUCUGCACACGACAGCGAUCGAUGUCACUCCUUUGUUGACUCAGAUGCAACUAUCUAUUGCUCAUGAACAGGAACUUUCCCAAGAGCUAUCAUAUCUUGAUUGUUUCAAAGGAAUCAAUAGACGCCGAACAGCUAUUGUGGGAUUCGCAUUUAUGGUUCCCAGCUUUUUUGGAGUCCCCCUAUUAGCUAGUGCGAGCUACUUUAUGCAGGUGGUCGGUAUGGACUCUAGUCUGAGUAUUAUCGUUCUGAUUCUCGGUAUUGUUUUGGGAUUGUUAGCCAACGCGGUUGGUAUUUGGUUUAUGAGCCUCAUUGGAAGGCGUCGUCUCAUGCUCAUCACGCUAGCCAUUACUACGGCUAUAUGGUUAAGUAUGGGGAUCUCCGGUUGCUGGUCAGGAAAUGUCGUUAUUUGGUAUGUAUUUCCCUUCUGGCUUUCUCGCCUGCCCAAGACACCUGCACCAGAGGCUAAUAUAGAGAAUAGGUAUACCGCGGCUUGUAUGAUGGCAGUCGUUGUUGUAUGCGGCAUGGGCGCUUGGCCAGCCUCAUACUCAGUAGCUGGCGAAACGUCCUCCCUGCGACUUCGUGCUAAGACUCAAGGCAUUGGAGUUUUUUGCUACAUGUUGUCUAACGUGGUUUUCAAUCUUGUCUUGCCGUAUAUCUACAACACUGAUGCGGGAGACCUCAAAGGCAAAACUGGAUUUGUGUAUGCUGGACUGUGCUUCAUGACAUUCGUCAUCACGUGGUUGAUUAUCCCGGAGAUGAAAGGUCGCUCGGCUUUGGAUAUUGACGCGAUGUUUGAAGCCAAACUACCUUGCAGGCAGUUCAAGAACUGGCCUAGUGAGGACAUGCCUCAUAAAGAGGGGGCAGUCUAG